AUGAGCAGCACGCCUUUUUGGACCGCCUUUUGGCCAGCCACGGACUACAAAGAGCAGCGCUCUGAUUGGUUAGAAUCUGUGCCAAUCAGAAUGGAACACUUUAGAAGUGGACUUAACAUCAAGGCAAUCCAAUUCCAAUCAUCGGAUUGGAAAAGCGAGGAUAAAGGGUCAGCUCCGGCAUCUGGGGGAGUGGCUGUAAUACCGAUUGCUUUAGAGCAGGCUGUACUGAUGUCGGGUACGGAGGGGUGUUCAAUCGAACUGGAGGGGAUUUUAAAGGAGGCCGGACCAGUUGACAGGUCCGCUUAUGCGUUGGCAGUGACUCGUCUUUACGAGGAAAUUUUGCACUCGUUUCGGAUCAACAUCAGCACCAGUUUUAAUCCUCCUGGCAAUCCUGAAGGAUCCAAGUUGCGCGAAGGCAAUUAUAACAUACAUGCAUGUGUUCCACAAGUAUCAAUGUCAGUGACUGGGAGCCGAAAGUCAGAACUAAGUUCAAAAUUUCUGAAAAGCCAUUUACACACUAUAGUACAUAAGACGCACAAUCGUCCCGCAGAUGCUCCAACUGCUCGUACACCCAACGGCACCUUUCAGGCUUCACCGUGCAUACUGUGUUCAGACACGGAGUCGUAA